AUGGCCACCGAAUUCAAAUUCAUCCCUUUAAUCGAUAUUAGUGCACUGUUAGAGAAGUGGGAUGAUCCAAACAUGGCCCAAGAUCAAGCUGUGGCCCAAGUUGUUAGACAAUUAGAUCAAGCUUGCAGAGAAGCUGGAUUCUUUUAUGUGAAGGGCCAUGGUAUCCCAGAUUCGCUUGUUAAAGAAAUUAGAAGCAUAUCACACAAAUUUUUCGAUUUACCUUAUGAGGAGAAACUUAAGAUAAAACUUUCUGCAGCGUCUGGAUACAGAGGGUAUCAGCAUGUUGGUGAAAACAUUACAAAAGGCGUACCAGAUAUGCAUGAAGCAAUUGAUUGUUACAGAGAAGUGAAACAUGGAAUGUAUGGAACUCUCGGUGAAGCCAUGGAAGGACCUAAUUUAUGGCCAAAUGAUCCUCCAAAUUUCAAAAAAUUGAUGGAGGAGUAUAUUGAACUAUGCACAGAUCUUUCUAGAAAGAUAAUGAGAGGAAUUGCUCUAGCAUUGGGUGGAUCUAUGGAUGCAUUUGAAGGUAACAGAGCUGGUGAUCCAUUUUGGGUGUUCAGGAUAAUUGGCUAUCCCAGUGCAUCCAGUGAUCAUCAUCAGGAAAUGCCAAAAAAUGAUGUUGGUUGUGGAGCUCACACUGACUACGGUCUACUAACAUUGGUCAAUCAGGAUGAUGAUAUAACCGCACUUCAGGUGAGAAACAGCAAUGGCGAAUGGAUAUCAGCAGCACCAAUUCCUGGCACAUUUGUUUGCAAUAUUGGUGACAUGCUUAAGAUUCUAACUAAUGGUCUUUACGAUUCAACUUUGCACCGGGUCAUCAUCAAGUCUCCAAAAUAUCGUGUUUGUGUGGCAUACUUUUAUGAGCCAAAUUUUGAUGCUGCAAUAGAGCCCCUGGACAUGUGUGUUAAGAGGACAGGUGGCACCAAAAAGUUUGAAGGAGCUGUGUACGGAAAGCAUUUGGUUAGCAAAGUGCAGACCAAUUUCGUCAAGUAG